AUGCUGGCCUCUCACGGACGCGGCGGCGCCGGCAACAUGGCUGAUGUUGCCCACACCCCCAAGACCGACCCUCAGGACCUCCUGACUCCCACUCUGAAGAGCUCCGUCGUCACCACCGGCCGCGGUGGCACUGGCAACAUGGCCAAGAACAUGGACCCCCGCGAGACCCGUCUGCGCCAGGAUGUCGAAGCUGUCCCUCGACGUGCCAGCUCCAGCGCUCAGCACGCCGGGCGAGGUGGUGCCGGCAACGUCUUCAAGGGCGAGGAGGCUGAGCUCGCCCGCAAGGCCAGCAACGACCAUGCUGUCGACGACAGCCCCGAGUCCGUCGUUGCCAAGGGCAAGCACUGGUUCUUUGGCAAGAAGGCAUAG